UGAGCGUGUUGAUAUCGGCAGCGGUGACUCUCCUGAGCGCGCCCAGCGGCGAGGACACAGCACAGACCCAUCAGUGCUAUGGGAACGGCCCCAGGGCACCGGGGCGGGAACGGGCGGCGGCGGGACGCGUGUCCCCUGCGUGACAGCGCCGUCCCGUCCUCGAGAGGACUCUUUCGCCGCAGCUCUGCGGGCCCGUUACGGAGGCCUGCUGCAAGGCGGCCGGAUACAGCGAGCGGUCCCGGCCUCAGCAGGGACAGCGGCCCCACAGCGGCCCCCGCUCCGCCCGCCAUCGACAGCUCUGCGCUCGGCAGCCCCCCCGCCGCGUCGGACGAGCCCUCCUUGCCCCGCCCUUUCCUCUCAUCGAUGGCUCAGCGCUCGCCCCGCCCUCAGCCGCGCUCUCCGCUCCCGGCAGCCGGGACAGGCCGCAGCCGCCCUGCUUUGGAGACAGUCACCGGCCGCCCGGGCGCUGAGGCAGUGCCUCAGGACGAUGCGGCCCCGGCAUCCCGGCAGCCGGUGAGGGCAGCACGCGCGGCCGCGAUGGCGUCGGGCUGCCCGGCGGCCUUCGGGGACCCGACCGAAGUGCGCGAGGGCUUCCUGUGCCCGCUGUGCCUGAAGGAUCUCCAGGCGUUCCGGCAGCUCCAGGCGCACUACGAGGAGCAGCACUCGGGCGAAGACCGGGACGUCAGGGCGCAGCUCCGAAAUCUAGUCCAGAAGGCCAAAAGAGCAAAGAAGAAAUUGCUGAAACAAGAAGAUGAUGACAGAACUGAUUCUGGAUCUCAGGAACGAUAUGAGUCAUUCAGCUAUGGUGGAGUAGACCCAUACAUGUGGGAGCCCCAGGAAGUAGGUGCUAUGAGAAGCCAUCUUUCUGAAUUCAAGAAACACCGAGCAGCCAGGAUUGAUCACUAUGUAGUUGAAGUCAAUAAGUUAAUAAUCAGGUUAGAAAAGCUUACAUCAUUUGACAGAGCAAACACUGAGUCAGCUAAAAUAAGAGCUAUAGAGAAGUCUGUUGUGCCUUGGGUCAGUGAUCAGGAUGUUCCAUUUUGCCCAGACUGUGGCAGUAAGUUCAGUAUCCGAAACAGACGUCACCACUGCCGUCUUUGUGGGUCUAUUAUGUGCAAGAAGUGCAUGGAAUUUGUCAGUCUUCCUUUGGCAAGCAAACUCACUAGUGCCAGCAAAGAAGCCUUGGGUUCUCACACAAGCCCGAACUCCUCACCCAGCAGUGUCCACGGCUCCCGCCGUGGCAGCAUUAGCAGCAUAAGCAGCGUGAGCUCUGUUCUGGAUGAGAAGGAUGAUGAACGAAUCCGUUGUUGUCAGCACUGCAAAGACACCCUGUUGAAAAGAGAGCAACAGAUUGAUGAGAAAGAAUACACACCAGAGAUUGUGAAACUCUAUGAGAAACUCCGACUCUGCAUGGAGAAGGUUGACCAGAAGGCACCAGAAUACAUAAGGAUGGCAGAAUCACUAAAUGCUGGAGAGUCAGCCUACAGCCUUGAUCAUGCUAAUGACUUGAGGGUGGAGAUUCAAAAAAUGUAUGAAUUUAUAGAUGCAUUGAGUAAGAAGAUUUUGAGUCUGGGCUUGCACGAAGAUCCUCAACCUCAUCCUAAAAUACUACAGCUUCAGCGAAUGAUAAGAUAUUCAGCUACACUUUUUGUUCAGGAAAAAUUGCUUGGCCUAAUGUCGCUGCCAACUAAGGAUCAGUAUGAAGAACUGAAGAAGAGAAGACUGCAUAUGGUCACUCUUGAAACACAGGGAAAACAAGAGGAAAAGCAGAAGGAGUUUAUAUCCAUAUCUGCAUCUGCAGUUAAUGGUGAUGAAACUCACAUAAAAAAAGGAACAGUCAAAAAAUCUGAAGGCUGGUUACCCACAUCUAGCAUUUCGAGAGAGAGUGAGAGAGCAGACCCACUUCUUCAGCAGAUUGACAAUAUCACAUCCUUUAUUAAGCAAGCAAAGGCAGCUAAUAGGAUAGAUGAGGUCCAUACGCUGCAAGAGAACCUGAUGCAGCUUCAGGAUGAAUACGAUCAACAACAAACUCUGAAAGCUAUUGAGCUUUCUAAAAAACAGGCAGAAGAAGAGGAGAUACAGAGGGAGGAACUUCAGGUCCUUCGUGAAAAAGAGUGGGAAAGAGAGCACCAUAAAUUCACGUCUCAGCAUUCAAGGACACGCUCCUUAGACUUCAGAGAAGUCAAACAGCAUUUGGAUGUUACUUGGAUCAAAGGGGACACGAGUUUUGAAACUCCUGCUGUUGAGCAGCUGCCAGCAAAAGAGCACUCGACCUUCACACUCAAACCCCAGAAUGUCCCACAGUGUGACAAAGACUGCAAUCAGCCAGCCUGUCUAAACCCCUUUGAGGAUGAAGCAGAUACCCCUCAGGUAGAAGAUCCUGCUAAUCCAUUUGCCAAAGACACCUCUCCAGUGGUUUCUUUCUCUAACACAGCUCAGCAAAGCGAUAAAAAAGAAUAUAAUCCAUUUGAAAGUGAGGAGGAGGAUGAACAAAGUAAUGGAGCACCUGGCAGUACUUCAAACCCCUUUGAAGAGGAUGAAAAUACAUAUGAAAAGCCUGGGGGCAGUUGGAAUUCAGGGAAUCCAUUUGAAGAGGGAUCCUCUAUCAAUCCCUUUGAAGUGGAGGAUGGCAGUGAGAUCUCUGGAGAGGAGGCUAUAGAGGAAGAGCUGCUUCUCCAACAGAUAGAUAAUAUUAAAGCUUACAUAUUUGAUGCCAAACAUAGUGGACGACUGGAUGAGGUGGAGGUACUGACAGAGAACUUAAAGGAACUGAAACACACAUUAGCAAAGCAGAAGGAGAAAUCUAACUGCUGAAGCAGCAAUAGGGCAGUGUAAUAAUUCAGUCUGCUGUUAAAUGUGGGAAGGUAAAGCAGAUACUUACAGACAGGAGUACAGCUCACAAGAGGGAAUUGGGAGAAUCCUGACUUUAAAGCACUUUCAUUUAGACAUUGCCACUACUACACAGUCUUGAAGAAAGAAUUACUGAGGAAUGCUGCUGGUCUCAAAAGCUUAGAGUAAGAAAUUUUAAAAUAACUCCUUACAGCACUUUUUAAUGCUAACUGGUCUUACUGAAUGCUUAUUUUGGUCCAGGGGUUAAGUGCUAAUAGGGAACUAUGAUGUGGAAGUGGUUGGAAUGUUGGUUUGCCCUCUUUCUUGCUUUCUGCUGUAGUGUUGGCCUUUCAAGUGUGGCUUUGAGUAAAGAGAGAUGAAAACUUUUCCAAAACUUCUUCAUCCUCUCCUGACCCAGGGUAGUUGAACGGCUAAUGGUGUUCUGGCAAUGUGAUGUUAAAGAGCUGCUGUGAUUCUCCGGGGUGCUGAAUGUACAGGCUCGCAGAUCGAGUUCAUGCAAUGCUAAUAAAUACAUAAAAGGGAUCUUAAGACUGAGAAAAACUUUCUAACUGAUCUUAGUAUGAGUAACUUGUUAGUGUCUGUAUAAAGAUUCCCAAGUAAAAUUUGGAUGCUUCAUCACUUGUGGUUUCCCAUUUGCUCUGAGCGUAAACAAUUGUGUCAUAGCAUCAUGCUGGCUUCAGACCUGCUCAUGAGGAAGCAAGCAUUUGCUCAUUUCCAGGGAAAUGAGCAUCAGGCCAACACUACUUCUAUCUGCAAUAUAAAAGGUGAAGCUCCAAUUGCUAAUUACAUUAUGGAAUCUACACAUUCCUUUAAAUCCUCUGGGUGACAGAAUGAUCAUGUGUGUUGUAUUUGUGAGACUGGAAUAUUUUGUAGCACCCAAGCAACAAAAGUUUGUUUAUAAUGGAAAGCUGAGAUGCCACUGGAAUUUUGUGAAAGCUGGAAGACAAUUUAGCUGCAUUAGUGCCAAAUGGCAAUUCUCUCUCAUGUUAGAUUCCCCUCAGUUUUUAUGAGAAUCAGGCAUACCUGUUUUAAAUAAGGAACUUCAGAUUGAAGACCUCUUGUGAUCUUGUGGCCUAGGGGAUGACCAGGUGACAGCCAGUAGCUGUGAUGCAGGAGGGCCUACAGCUGGGCAAAUGCAGGGUUUUUGAGAAAGAUGAAAUCUAACUGCUUUGAUUUUUAUCUUUGAGUCACAGAUCCAUCAGCAGGAAUCACUGUUUGCAGGAGUGGUGGUGGUGAGUUAAUCUUAAAAGGUUUUUUUUUUAACUGAAAUAGAGGAAAAUCAGGCAGAUCACACUGUAUAGCACUAACAAUAGUGGGCUUACUCAGAAGUGUGAAGUUCUGUGGAAUGGGACAUAUCUUUUAAUUAUGUCUCUGAUAUUGGCAUAGCUGUAAACCCAACACUGCUUAAGAUUUUACAGACAAGUAACGCUGUUACCUAAAGAGCAGGAACUCCGGUUCCUAGCUGUAAGUGGAGGUAGGGACUUGUGGAACUGUUGUUUAAAAAGACCAAGCCACCUAUAUCCUCACUUCGUACCACUAGCAAGGGGUGAAGUAACUCAGACCAGCCAGUCAAGGAUACCUGAUGGUCUGCCUGGUGUAGCCUAAUUCUGGUUUUCAAAGGUGUGCAGAAAAGGGUAGUUAAGACCAUGAAGUUCUUAUUUUAGUCUCCAAGUGUUAUUUUGCACCAAGCAGAAGAAAGAACACAGGAUUCUGAAAGGUCUUGACAGAACAUAGGUGCUUGGCACCAGAUUCAUGAAGGCAGCAAAAAUUGUUGAUAGCUAAACAGAAUCCCUGGAAUUAUUUAAGAGACAAGUAUAAGGUAGUUAUUUAGGACAUACUUCGUUGCUAGUCAGGAGGAUUGCACUCUAACCUAAUGCUUUUUUAGGUAUCAACAUGAAAAAAUGUUUCAGUGGCUUCAGCUUUCACAUUAAAAAGUGUUUUUUUCCUUGUUGCAACUAUCCUGCCUCGUUUAUAUUUUCUGGCUAAUACACUAAUAACUGAAAUAUUCCUAUUGCAUAUGUAAUACAUUAUUUUUACAAGCAGAUAACAGACUAGGAUACCUCAUGAUCUUUGUCAGUGUUAACUGUGAUAGACUAGACAGCUAAUACUAAAAUUGUCUCUAACAUGAAGACCUUUGUUGGUAUAGGUACUGCUGUAAGGCUUGCAGGGCACAAGGGAAUGAAGAUGUCUUAAGCAUAAAGCUCAAUAACUAAUUAGCAUAAUUAGCAUGGACUUUUGUUACAAUUGCAUGCACUACUCCAUAUGAAAACUUUGUAAGAAGAGAUUAAAUAAAACAACAUGUUUAUUUUG